AUGGCGGUGCCCGGCUGGCUGCCUCGUGUUGUACCUAAACAAGCGCAACCACUCAUUGCGGACGGUAAAGUGGCACCUCCAGGUGCAUGUUCUGAUCCCAAGCGUGCUUCUACAAGCGCCGCUAAGUUGACAUGGAUCUGGGGUCCGGAUGCCAAAUCCUUCAACCCGGCCCGUUGGCUCGGUCCUGACGCAAGGGAGCUUGAGACGAACAUAUGCACUUUG